CACUAUCUAUUAGAUGCUACGCGUGCAGUAAUAACAAAGACUGUGAUAAGGUACUGAACUGCACCAGCAUUGCUGACACAUGCAUGUACAUCUAUACCAAGGCCAAGAACACCUACGCGCGUUCAUGUAUCGACAAGGACAGCUGUCAGAAAUCUGCUGAUGCGUGCAAGCAAGCGGGAACAUGUGUUGUAAAGUGUUGCCAGAAAGAUCUUUGCAACAAAGAUGGCCCCAAGACUCCAACCAAACCGUCCACUGCCAACAUCCAAAGACCAUUUUCUGUCGUUUCUGCAGUUUCGUCUUUUGUUGCCUCCGUUUUUUACUUAAUGUGAAAUGACUAAGAUUUUUUUUAACAAAAAAAGAGAACUAGCUACUUGCUACUUUGAUAAAAUUUACCACAUUCAGUUCUGUAAACAUUUUAGGAAACAACUUACAAAGAUUAAAAACUGCUUUCGCAAUUAAUUUUGGGAUAGAAUUUUAACUCAAACGAGUGAAGUCGCAUAGUUAAACAAUAAACGUAUCAACGUAAAAA